GCACAGCGCUGAUUGACGGGCUGCUCCUGCAAUGAGCAGGUCGCCUUGGCGAGGACGUGUUGGUAUAUAAAAGAUCCUCGCGGCUGGCUCGCUCUUUGUGAGAAUGUCGGCUGAAUUUGAAGACAGAACUAGAGACAAUGGCCCCGAAGAAAUGGAGCCAGAUGGCGUCAUCGAGAGUAACUGGAAUGAGAUCGUGGACAGUUUUGAUGAGAUGAAUCUGCGCGAGACUCUGCUCAGAGGAAUCUACGCCUAUGGUUUUGAGAAACCUUCUGCCAUCCAGCAGCGGGCUAUUCUCCCUUGUAUCAAGGGGUACGAUGUGAUUGCACAGGCUCAGUCGGGCACAGGGAAGACUGCCACCUUUGCCAUCUCCAUCCUGCAGCAGAUUGACAUCGAGCUGAAGGGGACCCAGGCCCUGGUAUUGGCUCCCACUCGAGAGCUUGCCCAGCAGAUCCAGAAGGUUAUCCUGGCUCUGGGUGACUACAUGGGCGCUGGCUGCCAUGCGUGUAUCGGUGGGACCAACGUGCGCAAUGAUGUGCAGAAGCUGCAGGCUGAGGCCCCCAACAUAGUUGUGGGAACCCCAGGCAGAGUGUUUGACAUGCUGAACCGCAAAUACCUCUCUGCAAAGUACAUCAAGAUGUUUGUUCUGGACGAGGCUGACGAGAUGUUGAGCCGAGGGUUCAAGGACCAGAUCUACGAGAUUUUCCAGAAGCUCAGCUCCAACACACAGGUGGUGCUGCUGUCGGCUACCAUGCCUGCGGAUGUGCUGGAGGUGACCAAGAAGUUCAUGAGGGAGCCCAUCCGCAUCCUGGUGAAGAAAGAGGAGCUCACUCUGGAGGGGAUUCGACAGUUCUACAUCAACGUGGAGAAGGAGGAAUGGAAGCUGGACACCCUGUGUGACCUCUACGAGACCCUGACCAUCACUCAGGCCGUCAUCUUCAUCAACACCAGGAGGAAGGUGGACUGGCUGACGGAGAAGAUGCAUGCCAGAGACUUCACAGUCUCCGCUCUGCACGGGGACAUGGAUCAGAAGGAACGAGACCUGAUCAUGAGGGAGUUCCGCUCCGGUUCCAGUCGUGUUCUCAUCACCACAGACCUGCUGGCUCGUGGUAUUGAUGUGCAGCAGGUGUCUCUGGUGAUCAACUACGACCUGCCAACCAACCGUGAGAACUACAUUCACAGGAUUGGUCGAGGCGGGCGUUUCGGCAGGAAGGGCGUGGCUAUCAACAUGGUGACUGAGGAUGACAAGCGCACCCUGCGUGACAUCGAGACCUUCUACAACACAACCGUGGAGGAGAUGCCCAUGAACGUGGCUGACCUCAUCUGAACACAACACACACCACCCAGUUCCUCAGCUUUCUUUUCAUCCUUUUAUUUUCCUUCCAUUGCCCCAGAGAUACUCCCCCACCCCCCGCCCCCACUCUCUCUCGGCCCUUGAGACAGGGUGUUGGGUUCAGGGGGGGGGGGGAGUGAGACACCAACCAGACUUAAACAAAAAUACUGGCCAUCCAGAUUAGAGACAGUACUCCUUGUGUGUUUUACCCGCCUAAACCUUCUGGAUGCAUGAAACACGGCACGGGCCUCCCUGACUUCGGCAGAAGACUUUCAGUUGUGUUUUUUUGGGUCCUUUUUUGGGGGAUCUUGAUUUCAGGAAGGGGGUGACGCUUCAAAAUCCAAGACGGGACCUUUGCUGGUAAACUCUGCCGCUCUCGUUCACAUCGAAACUGUUCCUACAGCCACUGUUUGCUGGAUUCAGUAAAAGCUAGCAUUGUUUAGUCUCAUAGCUUGUGCAGCUGCUCCGUGAAGUGAGUUUUAUGCCAGUGGUGGCUAUUGGCUUUUCCUAAAAGGGGAUAGGACAGUUUUUGAAACCUGUAAGCACUGUGAAGUUUAUUUUACAAGGGGACUGUGCGGAAUUGGACGCAGGUAUACAGAACCGUUUCGGUAGCUUGUGUCAAGGUGGUCUAGGCAGUUCGGACACAUUUUUCAGGAGUUCAGAAAUAGCACUGCAUAAAGCUGAGCCUAAAAAAAAUAAAAAAAUAGAAAGCUUAAUGGUUUACUGCAUCCGUUUUAAACCGUAGAAUUUUUUUUGUACCUUGAUAAGCAGGGGAGGGAAGUAUGGUGGUUCUUGACUUUACGAUGGGAUGGGAGGGGGGGGGAGGGGGGUUCAAUAAAAUGUAAAAAAGUGAAUCAUGAAUCAGGCUGUGGGAGUUUAUUUGUCCUCCAUGUCUCCACUUCUGUUUUAUACAUGUGUUUCUUUCCCUAGUCUGUCUUUUUUUUCUUGUCUGAAAGCUGGGGGAGGGUAACUUAUACAGCAAAUUUCUAUGUAUAGUAAAUGUACAAUGCAUUUGUGUCUUGUAGGAAGGGGUGGAUUAUAUUGCAUUAAAUGUUUGCGACUAGGUAAAAAAAUUGUCUGCUACUGGAAAAGGCAACGCAAAGUGCACUCCUCUAAUCCAAGGACAGGCUCUGUGUGUCUUUGCUGGUCAGCAGAGACUGGUUUGUAUUCUUCAAUGGUGGAUAGGAUGGUGUGCAAGGUCUUUUUUGAGUAAGCCAAGUUGAAUAGGAGCUCGGUGCAUUUAUUUCAUCGGACCAAACCCUGAUCCAAUCUGUACAGAUUCUACAUUUCCACAUGCCUACUCCCCAAACAGAAUUUAUUUUGUUGGGGGGGGGGGGGGGCGGGGCUGUUUUUAAUGAAUUCUCCAUUGAAUUGACUGUCAUGAAAUGUUUGUUCUACAGAAACAAUGUGUUGUGUUUUUUUUACAUUGGCUCUGUAAAGUAUUUAUUUAAAGGUCGUGAAAUAAAGUUUCUUUUUUUUUUUUUUUUUUAAAGUA